AUGAAUGAAUUUCGUGUGCAAUACAGAUCAGAUGAUUUGCCUGAAGUGGUGCCUCAAGAACCAUACUGGAAAAAAGUUCAGGAGGACUUAUUAACCCUUCUAAAACGCGACUCUAGCAUCUCCAUGGAUUUGGAAGAGUCAAACAUUCUUAUGUACGCUUUGGAACUUUCAUUAUGUGUGAUAGAGGAGUCUCGAUGGCUUAAUGAAAUAUCGAAAGAUCCAGAAUUAUCCCGUCUAGUUCAUGAGAUAGACCUGAAAUUUCCUCUUGCCAUGAACAGUAGUACACUUGCUAACAGUGUCCCAGCUAGUGUUGAUGAGUUAGAGAACCGUAGUGCUGGUCAGCCGGACGUUCCUUGUUUCGACCUAGCAGAUGCUGUCAAUACAAAGCCGACAUUCUUCUUCAACAAAAAAAGGGCAGCGCGCCGAUCUUUGAUUGCUAAAGGAGCCGAUGCUGAUCGGUCUUCGAGAAGUCCGGAGCACGUUUGGAAGAAAACAAUUCUGCCUAUAUUGGAAAGCUUCGUAGAGGCGGAGCCUCUACGUGAUCCACGAGUUGCCCACUGGAUAGAAGACAUGGUCCAAAAUCAUGACAAGCUAAUGUUGUUUCAAGGAACAUCACACGACAGCAGUGUCGGCAAUUUUGAUGGAAAUCUUACUCGACUUAGCACCAAUUCUGAGUGCGGACCUCUUCGUGAGUCAUGGAUAUUCACGUUGUGGAAACCGGAGAGCGUGAAGGUGCUGCUUGAAGCUCAGAAUUAUCGAUGCAGUGGAUGUGGUAUUCGCAUAUUGCGACUAUUACGGCAAAGUUUUCUGUCAAUGCUGUCACCAGGGUGCGAAAUCUACAAUUCCAGCAAGAAUACUACACACAUGGAAUUUCAAGUCGAAAAAGUACGCGUCCUUAAACAUGUGAUCAUGCUGCGGGAAAAAUUGUCAUAUAUGUGGGAUUUUGUGAAAGAAUGUCCUGAUGCUGAGGAGGCGGUGACAAAAUACGGGAACCUUCGCACAUUGUUCACUUCGCUAGAACACCAUUUGCUUCACUCUCUGGAUUUGUUUUCUCUAUCUGACCUCAUCCGUGUACAUAACAAAGAUAUGACUUCACUACUUGAACCAAUAGUGUACUACGCUAGAUGUCAUAUAGAAGCUUGUGAGGUACGUGUAGUGCACACAACAUCUCCAAAGAGCAUCGAUAAAUCCGGUCAUCUGGUAGAAGCCGAAGUAAGGUAUAAGGAGGCAAAUAUAGAGGAAAUGAAACCCGAAAGAAGUGUGAGCAUAGCUGAACUUUUCUUUGUUAAUAAACAAAUCGACUUAUCAACAUCCAUGGAGUCUUUGGCGAUGGCUCAGUUGAAGCCACGUCCACGACGUCGUUCCCACCGUGAAGGCUACGGAUGGCAACGCUGCCGUUGGAUGCUUUAUGUAACAAUAUGGGUGGCUGCUAUAUUUUCUGGAUUUGUGAGAAUCAAUGGAUUCUUGGAUACACGUAUUAUCAACCUUAUGUGA